GGUCUUUCAUUUUGUGGGACAUGAAGCAACGAGUUCUUGAGAGACAGUCUCAUAAGCUGUAUUUGGGAGAAAAAGGAGAAUUGAAAUUGACUGUCACAGAGCCUGAAACAGCACUAGCUGCUGAAGAGGAGGCAUGUGAAGAAAAACCAGUCCCUACAAAGCCUCUGGAUGCCGUGAGCAAUCUUCAAACAAAAGGAAAUGUGUACCAAUAUGUCAUGCAGCUUACUUUUCUUUCUGUUGAAGAAACCUUGCAGAAAGCAGAGAGUUUUGUUCCGAACAGUGAACACCAGGAGGAAGCUGGCUCUGCGGAGAACAUUGCAAUAAAGUCCACAGAGACCUCACCUUCGGUGGUGUUUGAAAACAUACAAGGAUGCAGUCCAAAAUGCUUAUGUAUGCUCUUGGAGAACAUCAGCGGCCUGGUGGUAGAUGACGACUUCACUGUGGAAGUGAUACCUGAAAUAAAUGUUGCCGUAGCUACUUUUAUAAAAAGUAUCGAUACUGAAGAAUUUGUCAAAAAAUGUUCACAAAACAAGAGAGUUAAAAAAUUCAAAGUGACUGCCAGGGUUCUUGAAUUGACCCAGAGCAUCAAGGCUGAAAAUUUGCCGGACAGCGUUUCCACAGACUACAUCACCAUUUACUUUGAGAAUGCACGGAAUGGAGGGGGGCCAGUGUCAGACGUCCAGCUGUUCCCCGAGGAGAACUCAGCCAUCGUUACUUUCUGUGAUCACAAAGAUCUACACACUGUCUUGGAAAAGCAGCAUUUAAUGGAACAGACACCGAUUUCUGUGCAUCCGUAUUACCACUCCCUGGGAACAGUCCUCUAUGGAAAAGAAAGACCAACUAUCAAGAUGCCAGACCCCAUUGGGGUACCGCUAGAUCCAUAUGUCUGGCAGUUUUUACAAAGGCAGGCUAAAUUGAUCCAAGACAUAAACCAGGAAAUGGCAAUUUGCCAUUGCGAGCUAAAAUGGCCACAGAUGGACUGUGAGCACCCAGAAAUUAUGUUGUACCCAUCGUCAUCUCUCUCUGAGCAGAAGAAGCCACUGAUUAAGUUGAUCAAGACAUGGAAGCAAGAUGCUUCUAUUGAGUUCUCGCGUAUCAUGUCACACUACAUAGCUAUAAAAUGUAAAGUCACGUCAGUGGAUUGGGAAGACGUGAAAAACAGAUUGGUGAAAGAUGUUGCUUUGAUCAUAACUGAUAUUUCUAAGGAUAUGGUGGUGAUUGCAGGCAACAGAGCAGCAGUGGACAGUGCAGAGAAAGAAGUGAGGGAAUGCAUGGAAAAAGUCAUGAAGCAAAGUGAAAGGGAAAAACAAAGCAUAGAGAUUUCCGUGUCAGUGAUCCCAGGGAAGUAUGCCAUUCUACACAAUUCUGGGCUAGAAGAGAAUAUUCACAAAGAAUGUCCAUGCUUAAAGAUCUGUUAUGAUGACACAAAAAAAACUGUUCAGUUGUGUGGAUUACCUGCGGAAGUAUAUAAAAUCAAAGCUGCCUUACUGGAAAAGGUAUUGAACAUGCCAUGUACAUCAAUUACCGUUGAUCCCCAAGUUUUCUGCUAUCUACAGCAUGUAGAUAAUAAAACAAUGUCAGAGAUAUUAUUCACUAGGAAAAAAAUUAAUGCUUUUUAUGAGCUUGAGGAUGAUACUGUGUUGCUAUUUGGAUGUGUUCCCAAAGAUGUUUUAGAAGCAGAAAAGCAAAUAAAGACAUGCUUAGAAUAUAAGUGCAUCGACGUGGAGGAUGGUGAGGUCCUUAAAAAGGAGCAGUGGAGGAGUCUUCUUGCCUCCUUGCGUAAGGAGUACAAUUCUUCCCAGGAAACUGUAGUCAUUGAUGAAUCUGCUAGAAAAGAAAAUAAAGUGAUUAUUGCUGGCUUUUCUACAGCUGUAGCAGAAGUUUAUCAGAAACUUAACCAAUUUAUAGAUAGAAACACACCCAUGGAAAAAGUAAUCCCAGCUAAAUCAGCGGUGGUAGUGCAGUUUGUAGAGAAGGAAAAAUCUGAUGUUUAUCUUGAAUUGAGGAAGAAAGGUGUGACAGUACAUUUUGACACCAAGACACCAUGUAUUUCCCUGAGUGGACCAAGAGCAGAAAUGCUAAAAGCAGUCGCCACGUUUGAAAAAAUUCUCUCAUCCCUUUACUCGAAAAUUGUGCUAAUUGAUAAACCGGGAGCCAAAGACUUCUUCGCUGAGAGGAAUGAUUCAUAUGUUGUUGAGGCAAAGCAGAAAUUUAGCUGUUUGAUUAGGCUGGGAGAAGAACAACAGCAACAAAAACAACAGAAGGGGGAAAAUGUUGGUGAUAAAGACAAAGAAAAGCUCUGCUACAAGAAAAUGCUGCCAGGCGGAGUUGUAGUAGCAGUGUAUAAAGGUAACUUGUGCACUCAUCCAGUUGAUGUUGUGGUAAAUGCAUCUAAUGAAGACCUAAAUCACAGUGGUGGCCUUGCUGGGGCGCUGUUAAAAGUGGCUGGUCCAGAGCUGCAACAGGAGUGUGACGAGCUGGUGAGGAAGAACGGGAGUUUACAGCCUGGGUGCGCAGUUAUCACGGGCGCUGGGAACCUCCCCUGCAAGAACGUCAUUCAUGCUGUUGGGCCCAGGUGGAGGAAGGAUGAAGCAGAAAAGUGUGUGUGCUUGUUGAGAAAGACAGUGAAGAAAAGUCUGCAACUAGCUGAAACAUACAAUCAUCGUUCCAUAGCUCUGCCUGCUAUAAGUGGAGGGAUUUUUGGCUUCCCACUGGAACUGUGUACGUAUUCAAUUGUAUCCUCCGUCAAGGAGACCUUGGAAGAAUCGGUGGGGGAUAGCAGCUUGAAGGAGGUUCAUCUUGUGGAUGACGCAGAAGAAACAGUUCAGGUUCUGACAGACACAGUGAAAAAUAUGUUUGCAGUUAAAGUACCCUCCCCAGUAACGCUGAUGCCGUGCUCAGGAAUGGUUACAACAAGUGAAGGACUUCACAUCUAUGUAGAUGAGAAAAACAUUCAGGAAGCCACGACGGAUGUUAUUGUCAACAGUGUUGGCACAGAUCUGAAGUUUGGUGUGGGGCCUCUUUGCAGAGCCUUACUAGAAAAGGCUGGACCAGAGCUCCAAGUAGAGUUUGACAAAGAAAAACAAAACCAGGUUGCUUGUCAAGGGAGUGUGGUCUGCACCAAAGGAUAUGCUCUGUCCUGCAAUUCUGUGCUUCAUGCCAUACUUCCUAUGUGGGAUGAAGGAAGAGGACAGGCCCAGAAGAUCCUAGAAGAUAUAAUAGAUUCCUGCUUGAAGAAAACUGAAGAACUUGGCCUGAAAUCAAUCAGUUUCCCAGCUAUUGCAACUGGAGGAUUUGGAUUUCCUAAAACGAUUGUUUCUAAGUUAAUGUUCGAUGUGGUAUUCAAGUUCAGUAGUAGUCACACUCGGAAGACUCUUCGGGAAGUUCACUUUUUCUUGAAUCCAAAAGAUAUUGAUAACAUUCAGGCUUUUACCAUUGAACUAAAACAUAGGGUAGCUGAAAGUUGCAAUGCUGCAGUGCCAUGGUCAAGUUUCACUAGUCCCGUUUCAACUGAAGGAGUUCAUGAAAUGCAGAUUGGUUCUAUUACACUUCAAAUACUUAGUGGAGAUAUUACCAAGGAGGAUACAGAAGUUAUUGUGAGCGUAUCAAAUGCAACAUUUGAUGCCACAUCAGGAGUAUUCAAAGCAAUUCUGGAUGCUGCUGGUUCCCAGGUAAAAGAAGAAUGUGCUCAAUAUGCUGAGCAGUCUCAAUGUGGCUUUAUUACUACACAAGGUGGAAAACUGUCCUGCAGUAAGAUCAUCCACUUGAUUCAUAAUAACAACGUGAAGAGUCAGGUUUCCAAAGUCCUUCAUGAAUGUGAGCUAAACAUGUACAAAUCUGUCGCCUUCCCAGCAAUUGGAACAGGUCAGGCACAACAGAGUCCAGCAAAGGUAGCUGAUAACAUGUUGGAUGCUAUAGAGGAAUUUGCAAGCAAAAGAUCAGUACAGCAUUUGAAAAAAAUUAAAAUCGUCAUCUUCCAGGCAAAUAUGCUCAGAGACUUUUACGAAAGCAUGAAGAAAAGAGAAGACUCAGAUUCAUCCACAAAGGAUUCAUGGAUGUCUCUGCUUAAAUCAUUUUUUUGGGGAAAAAAACCCACUGGGAAGAAAAAGCCUGUGGUUUUGGAGGAGAAAGUUGAUUUAGCCACACUUCAAAUUUGUGGAGAAAGCCAGAAAAAUGUGGAUGCAACUGAGUCUUGGAUAAAGAAUUUAAUUUUAAAGGAACAGUUUGAAACCAGUAUUUCAGAUGAACUAAUUGAAAAUUUUGAUGAGAGGGAAAUUAACACUUUGGUAGAUCUCCAGAGAAGAAAUCGUGUUGCCAUUCAUCUUGAAAAUAAAACUUCCCCGCCUUGCAUUAAAAUUUCUGGUAUUAGCAGGGAUGUCUGUACUGUUUCUGAGGAAAUUAAAAAAAUGAUCCAAAAAAUAAAGGAUACUAAAGAAGAAGAAUUCAAGGCAGAACUUUAUUAUAACCUGGUAGAAUGGAGAUAUCCAGGGAGCAACGAGAACUUUGUUGCUUUUGAUAAACUGACAAAUAUGCAGCUGGAAGAUGCCAAAAUAGCUAAAAAACCAGAUCUUACUGUCAAAAUUAACAGGAAGAACUACAGGGUGGAUCUGAAUACUCUACAGGCUAAUGAUGACCAAGGAAAAACUAUAACCAUUCAACGUGUGCCAAAGAAUGAAGAUCAGCAGUCAACAGAGCUCCCUGCGCAGUGGGAAGACAUGCAAGGGAAAUGGGUCAAACUGGUGAAUCUCAAUCCAUCACAUCCAGAAUAUCUGGAAGUUCAGAACAAAUUUAAGAAAACCUGUCCCAACUUUGUCAUAGAAAAGAUUAAAAGAAUACAAAAUCGCUUCCUCUGGAAGACAUACCAAAUAAAAAAACAACAUCUCUGUGAAAAGAAUAAAAAUCAAAAUAAUGAGAAGUUGCUAUUUCAUGGGACAGUUGCAUCCUCAUUGACCACAAUCAACUACAAUGGAUUUAAUCGUGGGUUUGCUGGAAAGAAUGCUGCAGUCCUGGGAAAUGGAACCUACUUUGCUGUUGAUGCAAGUUAUUCUGCUCGGGAUCCUUAUUCCGUACAAGAUAAGAAUGGCAGAAGAUAUAUGUAUUUGGCUCGGGUUCUUACUGGGCAGUACUGUGCUGGGAAACCAGGACUAUUCAUGCCACCAGAAAAAGACCCAAAAGAUCCCAAUAACCUGUAUGACAGCGUGGUUGAUAAUAUGAAUAAGCCAACAAUGUUUGUCAUAUUUAAUGACAUUCAGGCAUAUCCUGAAUACCUUAUUACUUUCAGGUAGAAUAUUCUUAAUAGUCUGGAAAAUUUUAGUGCCUUUUACAUGUGAGAAUUAAUAGAACAAUUCUUGACUCUUCUUUACAUCUAGGUUUCUUAAACUAAGUGGUUAUUUUUCUAUCCAUGUAUUUAAAUGUCUUCAACUUACCAACACAAUGAGGCCAGGAUAAGCAAAUACUUUAGAACAUGUUAUUUCAAUACUCACAUUUCAAAUUCAGGUAUGCAGAAGUGUAGGCAAGAACUGUGAGAAUAGCCCUGACCUCUUCUUACAUAAGGCAGAGGGGACUGGUAGGAGAGGGAGCUGCUCUGUCUUAUCUGUGGCCUGAAGUAAGAGGUGGAGGGUAGGCCAGUGUAUCUAUGCAUGUUCGUAUUUCCAGUAUUCACCAUUGUCCUGGUUUUGGCCGGGACAGAGUUAAUUUUCUUCCUAGUAGCUGGCAUAGUGCUGUGUUUUGGAUUUAGG